CCCAAUAUUGAUACAAAGAAAAUAUCAAUUUACUUUGUACGCGCGUAAAAUAAGCCACAGCUGAUAAAAUGUUAACGUUAUUGCAAUAAAUAGAUAUUGUUAUUUUAAGUUUAUUAAUUAGUAAAUUGUGAACAAGAAACAAGAGGAAUAAAAAAUGACAGCAGAACAUAAAAAGUAUUUAAAUGGUCUUUUAAAUAGCAUAGAAGGCCUACAUAGUAUAUUAAUCACUGAUCGAGAUGGUGUACCGGUAGUAUCUGUAGCAGAUGAAAAAGCACCAGAGCUUGCUAUGAGGGCAAGUUUUCUUUCCACAUUUGGAAUGGCUACGGAUCAAGCUAGUAAAUUAGGACUUGGAAAAAAUAAAAUUGUUAUUUGUAUGUACAGCAGUUAUCAGGUUGUGCAGCUGAAUAAAUUACCAUUGGUUAUUAGCUUUAUCGCUAGUCAUAAUUGCAAUACAGGUCAUAUUUUAUCCUUAGAGAAUAAAAUAGAACCUAUUUUGAGUAACUUAAAAAAUGCAGUGGUAGAAGCCUGAUGGUUACC